UAUGGCGGCGUGGUGUUUCACCAAUCAGUGGAAGUCCUUAUCAAAAAAACAAAGCAAAGGAUGGACCAGACCAGUAUGUAAUGGGUAGUUGGAGAAGACAAUCAGGUGGAAUUCAUCAGAAGGAACCUCAGGGGACAAGAUCAAACAACAGGAAACCACCUCUGGAUAGUUGGCAGUCGUCCGUGCCUUCCUGGGAAAAGGAAUUCUGCUUAUUAAUUGGUUCAGUUCCAUGGCGAAAGCUCUUGGAAACCAAGAAAUGUAUGUAUCUUUAUGACAAUGUUGUUCAAUGGAAUGACUCUGCUGGUGAGGAGGCAUUUUGCAAUGCAAAAAAACGAUAUUGGGCAGGGAUUAAUGGCCUUCCCUGCAACAUAUCAUUGCCUGAUCCCGAUAUCUAUAUUGACAAAGUAGAUUGGAACUCCAGCAUAGAUCCAGAGUUGCUGUUGGACUUGGAACAGGAGCAAGAGACUCCUGAUGAGGUAAAUAAAGAUGAGAAGGUUGUGAUUCUUGGUGAUUCGCUCUUGAAUAAAUCAUUCUCUUGCACUGGAUGGGGAGAAGAUGAAGAGGAAUUACAAAAAGCUGCUGACUUGUCCCGGCAUCCUGGAAAUGAGGGUUGGGACUGCAAAGUGGAUAAUGACAAUAAUCCUUGGGAAAAUAGUAAUGGUCAGAAUAAUGGAGCCAUGAAAGAUUAUGGAUGGGGAAGUCAUCCAAAUGAUUCACAGGCUUGGAAUAAGUGGAAAAAUAGUUGUUAUGAGUGGGAGAAUAAUUAUAAUGGGGCGGAGAAUGUGGAUGAUAGAAGUGGUGGUAACUGGGGAGCAUAUGAUGACAAUAGCAGGAAGAAACAAGGCUCUCCUAGGUACAUGUCAAGGUAUAAAACCUCAAGGUUUGCAGGCAAUGACUAUCAAAGGGGUAGUAAUGAAUGGAGAAAUGGCAGGGGAAGGAAGAAGACAAAUUUUUCAUAUGUGGUAGAUAAUAAACCUGCCUCGAGGCAGUGGAACUCUUGCGGUUAUGCCAUUGUGGAUUCAGGAGAGCAGCGAUUCCAGUGAGUUGGGAGAAAUCAGUUUUGUGAACGCUUUUGAGUAUAUAAUAUGUUGUCUACUUGAGUGAGUUCUAUUCUUUUAUUCUGCGGAAGGGAUAAGUGUUAAUAGUGUAAUUGAAGCAGAGUCCUCCAUGUUCAGUUUAUGCUGCAUUUUUUGCAGAAUGCUUGGGAUGAUUCAUUGCAGAUUCUGAACAUGGCUCAAGGCAAUGGGAUAGUAGGGUGCAUUGUUACUAUGUUUAUUUUAUAUACUUUACUGUCAUAAAAUGCUUUGUUCUGUCUAUGACAAUCUAAAUGUCAAUUUCGGGGAUGCUAUUGCUAGGUUGAGAAAAAUUUUAGUUUUGAAUGUAAAGUUCAUCAAGAUUUUCAUCCGAAUUAUGAAAUUAAAUGUUCAUAUAGAAAAAUUUUCCCGUU